GUCUUGAUCAAAUCAUUCAAUCUCUUCGAGAAUCGGUUAUAUAUCCUCUAACUUACCCAAAACUGUUCACUUCAACUUCUGGAUUAUUGGGUGUUCCUAAAGGAGUUUUACUCCAUGGACCACCUGGAUGCGGAAAAACCAUGCUUGCAAAGGCUCUUGCACGUGAAUCCGGAGCCACGUUUAUAAAUCUUCAUGUAUCAACGUUAACAGAUAAAUGGUUUGGUGAAUCAAAUAAACUUGUUUCUGCUGUUUUUUCGGUUGCAAAAAAAUUACAGCCUUGUAUUAUUUUUAUCGAUGAAAUUGAUGCAUUUUUAAGAGAAAGACGAAGCAAUGAUCAUGAGGUUACUGGAAUGAUGAAAGCCGAGUUUAUGAGUUUAUGGGAUGGUUUGACUACAGAUGAUAAUACACGCAUCAUUGUCCUUGGUGCUACAAAUAGACCAAAUGAUAUCGAUUAUGCUAUCCUUCGUCGUAUGCCAAAACGAUUCGCAAUUAGUUUACCUAAUGAAGAACAGAGGAAAAACAUUUUAGAGAUUAUGCUUAAAGAUCAAAAUUUGGAAGAGAAUUUCAACUAUAACGAAUUA